ACGUAUUGAUGGUAUAAUCUGUCCUCAGCUGGCUAAAGACAUGUCGGCGGCUGCUGUUCGAACCAUCAGGAAGGAAAUCAAAGAGCUGUACAUCAACAUCCCGGCCGUGCAGGAGAAAGACAAGGCCUGCGGGAAUGGCAACGGCAUCAUAAUCAUCGCUGAGUCGUCGACAGGUUGUGUGUUCGCAGGUUCAGCUCUGGGGAAGAAAGGUGUGUAUGCAGAUAAAGUUGGUAUAGAAGCUGCUGAGAUGUUGCUGAGAAACAUCAGACACAACGGCUGUGUGGACGAGUUCCUGCAGGACCAGCUCAUCAUCUUCAUGGCGUUGGCGAAGGGAACGUCUCGGAUUCGAACCGGCGCCGUGACACUGCACACACAGACGGCCAUUCACAUCGCAGAGCAGCUCACUCAGGCAAAGUUCACAAUAACAAAGUGCGAGGACGAACUGAGCAGCAACGUCACCUACAUCAUCGAAUGUGAAGGAUCAGGAGCAGCUAACAUCCACCUGUAGACAAAUACACACACACUGAACACACACACACUCUGUCUCUGUCCAGCUGCUCCGUCAUGGCCGACCCUCUCAGCUUCUGUCUCAGGGUGUUUCAUUCAAACUGUAAUAAAUCGAUAAAUCAAUAAAACUUUGUGUUUUUAA